AUGGACCUACUCUCAAUUGAAAAAUUCCUUUGUGAUUUGAGUGUCAAUCAAGUAGGACCAAUAAUCAAAAAGAAAUCUGGGACACAGCAUGUUUAUGAUCUAAAAACUGGCGAAAGGGCUGUUGAUAUUGUUACAGCAAUUGAUAAACAGGUUGAGAAAUUAAUCUGGGAUUCUUUGAAAGAGCAAUAUCCAGAUUUCAAGUUUGUUGGUGAGGAAAGUUAUGUUAAAGGUGUGACAACGAUCACUGAUGAUCCGACAUUUAUUGUUGACCCGAUUGACGGUACAACCAAUUUUGUACAUGAUUUCCCAUUCAGUUGUACAUCUUUAGGGUUAACCAUUAAUAAAGAACCAGUAGUUGGAGUAAUAUACAAUCCUCACUUGGAUUUGCUUAUUUCUGCUUCCAAAGGCAACGGUAUUAGGAUAAACCGCGAACCUUUUGAUCAUAAAGCUAAAUUGGAAUCUAUGGGGCCUUUAUAUCUGAAUAAAUCUGUGGUUGCACUUCAACCAGGUUCUGCAAGAGAAGGUAAUAAUUUCAAGACAAAAAUGAAAACAUAUGAAUCUCUGUUAUCUUGUGACGAAGGGUUUGUCCAUGGCUUCAGAAACUUAGGUUCAACUGCAAUGACAUUGGCUUAUAUUGCUACUGGUAACUUAGAUAGUUAUUGGGAUGGUGGUUGUUACUCUUGGGAUGUAUGUGCGGGAUGGUGUAUCCUAAAGGAAGCAGGAGGUAUCAUUGUUGGCGCCAAUCCCGGUGAAUGGGAUAUUCCAAUUGACAACAGAUCAUAUUUAGCUGUGCGUGGUACAACUGAAGAGGGAGGUAAAGAACUACAAAAGAAAUAUGUGGAUGACUUUUGGAAGUGUGUAAAGGGUAAAUUGAGCUACGACUAA